UUGUAGGUAGGCAUCAAUCUGAGGAAAAUAUCCGCAGUCCAAUUUCAAUGGCGUCCAAAACUAUCUUCAUCCUUCUUUUCAACUUCCUUUCUUCUCAAUUAUCGCACUUCUCUGAAGCAGAAACUUGGGUUAAAGCUUGCUACUGGUACGCUUAUGGUGAAUUUCCCGUACAGGACAUAGAUUCUGCGUUGUUCACUCAUCUUUCGUGCGCUUUUGCUGAAGUAAACCCUUCAACUUAUCAGGUCUUUAUCCCCUCUGCCUCUGAACAAGACUUCUCAACCUUUACAAGUAUCGUCAAGCGUAAAAACCCAUCCGUUAAAACACUGUUGUCCAUCUGGAAUGGGAUAUCUGCAACAGGAAUAUUAACUGGUGAGCAAGUUAAUGACUCAGUAUUAUCUUCAAUGAUCUCAGAAUCUUCUAAAAGGAAGUCCUUCGUUGAUUCCUCAAUAAAAACAGCUAGGCGCUAUGGUUUUCAUGGAAUAGACUUGAGCUGGGUUUGGCCUAACAGCACGGACUUGGCCAAUAUUGGCGUUUUAUUAGAUGAGUGGCGAGCUGCCAUAAAUUCUGAGCCAAGAAAGCCAAGUGAAUCACAAUUGAUCUUAACGAUAGCUGUUCGUUACUUGCCAGAAAUUGAAAUGGUAAGUUAUCCAACCGACUCCAUAAGUAGAAAUGUCGACUGGGCGCAUGUUGUGGCAUAUGACCACCAUUUGCCUACGAGGGAGAAUUUAACAGGUGUCCAUGCUGCUUUGUACAAUCCAUCCAGUCAUGUUAAUACAGAUUUUGGUAUCAGAGAAUGGUUAAAGAAGGGAUUUCCACCAAGCAAACUGGUUUUGGGUUUGCCUUACCAUGGAUGGGCAUAAAAAUUGGUGAGCCCCCAUGAUAAUGGUGUCGGUGCUCAAGCUUCAGGCCCAUCAAUUACCAAUGAUGGUUCUUUGGGCUACAAAGCUAUCAAAGCAUAUAUUCGAGAUUAUGGUUAUGGAGCUGCUUCUAUAUACAAUGCAACUUAUGUAGUGAACUUGUUUGCCUCUGCAACAACUUGGAUCAAUUUUGAUGGUGUAGAGACUGUCAAAGCAAAAAUUGCGUAUGCGAAGGAGAAAAGGCUUAUUGGUUACAACGCGUUCCAGCUUUCCAAUGAUGAGAACUGGGCACUAACACGGGCAGCUCAAGAGGGAGAACUUCAAGAAAACAAGCAGCGGUUGUUGCUUGAAAUCAUCCUUCCAGUUUCUCUAGUUGUUAUCCUGGCAGCUGCUAUCAUGUAUUACUUGAGACGAAGAAAGGUCAAAUCCGAAGAUGAAAUGGUUUUAAGAGGCAUUCCUACCCCAAGAAUCUCUACAUCAGCUGCUCAAAAUUUUGCCAGCGAUGCUCCUCAUUUGCAAGUGUUCAGGUUUGCCAACAUCAAAGCGGCUACAAAUAAUUUUUCAAGUGCAAACAAGCUUGGAGAAGGCGGAUUCGGUCCUGUUUACAAGGGUAAACUACCAGGAGGCCAAGAAAUAGCAGUAAAGAGACUUUCUGCAUCCUCUUCUCAAGGGCUUGAGGAGUUUCAAAAUGAGGUUGCAUUGACGGCAAGACUUCAACAUGUAAAUUUAGUAAGAGUCUUGGGAUAUUGCACAGAGAAGGAGGAAAAGAUGCUGAUAUACGAGUACAUGCCAAAUAAAAGCUUAGAUCUCUACCUCUUUGACCCUAUGAGGAGGAAUAUGCUGGAUUGGGAAAAGCGUGUGCAUAUCAUAGAAGGGGUCACUCAAGGGCUUUUAUAUCUCCAAGAAUAUGCAAAUAUUACAGUGAUUCAACGGGAUCUAAAAGCUAGUAACAUAUUACUGGAUGGUGUGAUGAACCGCAAGAUAUCAGAUUUUGGGAUCGCUAGAUGUUUCAGAAAAGACGCAUAUGAAGCAAACACUGACAGAAUUCUUGGAACAUACGGCUAUGUUCCUCCUGAAUAUGUUACAAAAGGUAUCUACUCCAUGAAGUAUGAUGUUUACAGCUUCGGGGUUCUACUUCUGCAAAUCAUAAGUGGCAAGAGGAAUACAUGUUAUUACGGCCCCCAUGAGAACUUAAACCUUCUUGACUUUGCGUACGACUUGUGGAAUGAUAAUAGAGGCACAGAGUUUAUUGAUCAAUCACUGGAUGACUCAUCUUCACCUUGUAAAAUCAUGAGAUGCAUGCAAAUCGCGUUGCUCUGUGUCCAAGAAAAUCCAGGGGACAGAUCAUCCAUGUUAGAAGUGUUCACCAUGCUCAAAAAUGAUUCCAUGGCGGCUUCUUCCCCUAAAAGGCCAGCUUUCUCUGUGAAAGCAGAUAAAAAAACAGGGAGCACAUCCGCAUCGCAACAAGAAAUAUGCUUCUUCAAUGAUCCACAAAUUUCCGAAUUGGAACCCCGAUGAGGGUGAAGGUCUUUUGGAAGAUA